CUCUGUGAAUCUUGUCAGGGUGAAGAAGGAUUGCUCCGGUGCUUGACUUGCUCUGGUGACCAUUCAUGGUGCCAUGCAUGCAUUCUUACAGCCCACCAGUCAUUACCCUUUCAUAAGAUACAACAGUGGAACGGAAAGUGCUUCUGUGACACAUCCCUCACCCAGCUCGGUUAUAUAUGGCACCUGGGUCAUGGAGGACAGCCAUGUCCAUGCUCUCAAGGCUCCUCAGAAUGGGAGGAUAUAGAUGAGACUACAGACAAGCAUGGUGAGGGAACUGGAGUACACACCACCACCGACUCACUUCCAACGACCACUUCCCUAACCAUCAUUCAUUCCACUGGAGUAUUCACUCACAACAUACUCUGGUGUCAUUGUCCUGGAUCUCCAAAACAAUACUUGCAGUUGCUCAAAGCAGGAUUAUUUCCAGCCAGUAUAUCCCGACCUCGAACUGCCUUUACAUUCAAUGUUCUUGACAACUUUCUCAUUGAUGCCCUUGAAUGCAAGACAUCUGCAUCAAGUUUCUUCCAAAAGCUUCGUCGACUUACCAAUAAUGCUUUCCCAGAUUCUGUGCCAGUAAGACUUACUUAUCUUGGAUUAUUUUUUGAUAAGGUGUCUCAUCAAUGGAGAGAUUUGAUGAAUCGAAAACGAUUUGGAUUUGGACAUGAUUCAUUGGUAAAGCCUGGACCUGGCAACUUAGCUCUAUUUUGUGCUGCCUGUCCACAGCCUGGAAUAAAUAUGCCAUUUCAUUGGCAGGACAACUGGUUGAUCAUGCAAAGAUAUGUUGUGGAUGGCAACUUCACCGCUCAACAUAUGAAUAUGAGACAACCUCACCUUGAUGUCUCCCUCUCUGAUGGUCUAGGGUAUAUGGUGACAGAGGCUGAGUACCAGGCUCAUUUGUCAUUGGCCGUGGAAAGUAAGGAUAAAUCCUCUUGCAGUAAUCAUCGUGCAGUAAAUGCAGCCAACACCAAUAGAAGCAAUCUUCGAGCAACUGGUGUAGGUGCCACUGCUUAUGCACGACAUGGGUGUUUUGUUCCUCAUGCAGUGGUGGACUUUCAGAAGGGUGAACGCCACAUGAAUGUUGACUAUUCAAUAUGCAAUGCUAUCAAUGGGCAUUCUCAUGGCAUUGAUACCACCCUUAUCAUCUAUGAUGUAGGAUGUCAGUGGUGCAUUCAUUUUGCUGAAUGUGUAGCCAACUGCCCAGGGUUGUCUCUACCUGAACAGAGUCAAGUUUUGGCAGCAGUUGGUAAAUUUCAUCUGAGCGCACACAAACUUCCAUGUUUUGCAAGAUUUAGUCUCAACUUCAUUCAAGGGGCCGGCCAAGUAGAUGUUAAGACACUCUUGAAGAAGCACCAACGAGCCAUCAAGGGGAUAAGAGAUACAAAGCUUCCUUUCGAUGAGCUGACAAGUGCAUUAGAUAAACAAAAAAUUGCUGAAUGGGAAAAUGAUGAGAAGAAGGCAAUGGAGGAGCGAGGUGAAUGUCUUGACAUUUAUCAGCUCAAGAUUGAUCAAGCCCCUACAAUGGCUGAAAUUCGACUAAGAUUAACCGAAGCAGAGAAUGCUGAAACAGGAAGGUUAGGAACAGUCUCUUGGAUCAUUCAAGGUAUCAACCUUGAGGAUGCCCAGGAUGGGUUAAGAUCAGAUAUUCGUCAACUCCCAUCUGAUGCCACUGCUGCUCAGAAGGUUGCUCUUCAAGAGAAACGACAGAAACUAUCAGCUCGUAUUACCAAAUUCCAUGAAACAGCUGAUGCUAUGACAGAGGGAAUCGAGCUGGAAGCAGGUAUAGUGCACACAGAUGAUCCUAGAUUUUGCAAGGCAGACGAUGAAGAGCAAGACUGGGAGAUUCAUCCUGUCAACCUUGAAGAUGAUUCAGAAUUGGUGGAUGAUGAAAUUCCAGCUGAAGAUAUGGGCCUCUGGAUGCCAUCAUCAGUUCCUCAUGAUCAGGUUUUUUCGGUUCAUUUAUUAGCCCUGCAGGCAGAGGAACUGGAGCUGAGAAAAGGUCAAGCCAAUGAUUGCCUUGAAAGGAUUCGGUUGGCUCUUGGUCAUAAGGCCGUCAUCUACAGACAACACUUUCGAAGUGCUAAUUCUGUGUGGACUGGGACAAGGUCCAAGCAAGAAGCUCGACGUUGCCACAUCAAAAUCGAGAAAUAUGUUCGGAGUUAUCAAAGGGCAAGAUUGGCUAUGGAGAGACUGGGCAUGGACCAAGAUUCUCUAGAAAAUAUUUAUCAAGAAAUCUUACCAGAACAGCUCAACAUUGACAAGGAGGUAACAGAAGAGAAUAGAUUUGGCCAGGGGUCAGACAAACUCGCUUGGUUUUGGAGAGUUAAUGGAGCAAAGAAGAGUCAAAAAGAUGCUUGGAUGAAUGAAUUCUACAGAGUGAACUGGCUGAAGGCCAAGGCAAGAUGGAACAGGUGGGAGGAGGAGUUGAGUUUGGUUCAACAUGAAAUAGGGUGGACGAUAGGUUGGUUCAAACAUCAAGAAGAAAAAUGGCAUCAACGGUGGAAUCAAGCCAUGAAAUCUGGUCAUCAACCUUAUGCUUAUAGACAGGUGCUGGUGUGGAAAGCGUUUGUGACGGAAGCUGAGGAGAAAUUCAAGGACAAGCUAUUAAUUAUCACUUAG